AUGGCCGCGCACGUUUCAACCAUGCAUUGUGAUUCGUCUCGACUAUUAGGCCGCAAUAAUCUUUCAAACAAGGCUCCCGCUACCCACCACCGCACAGCGCUCUCGCACGCGCGCAUAUCCGCAAGCGCUCUACCGUCAUCCACGCCACUCGUCGCGUCUCGAUCUCAACCCGUAUCACUCCAAGCCGUCGCGCAACGGUCGUGCGAGCCGCGAAGACUCGCGUCCGCGCGGCUCGUCGCGCGCGCGGAUGCGUCUUCCAGCGACGCGGCGCGCGCCACCCCCGGCGAUGCCGCCGACGCAGACGCCACUCAACCGUCGGAUCGGCGGCGAGCGCGGCUGGCGGUGUUCGUAUCGGGCGGCGGGUCGAACUUCAAAGCUAUCCACGCGGCUUGCGCCGACGGGCGCGUGAACGGCGACGUGGUGGUGGUCGUCAGUGAUAAACCAGAGUGCGGGGGAUGGCAGUACGCGCGCACCAACGGCAUCCCCACGCUCGCCUUCCCCGUCAACGCCAAGCUGCCGCCCAGCGAACAGAGCGGCCUCACGCCUGACGAGCUGCUCGCUGCCAUGCGGCAGCAUGGGGUGGACUACGUAGUGCUAGCGGGGUAUCUAAAGCUGCUGCCCGCCUCGCUGGUGGAGGCGUUUCCACGAGCCAUCCUCAACAUCCACCCUGCUCUGCUGCCCGCAUUCGGCGGCAAGGGCUACUAUGGCAUGCGCGUGCACAAAGCAGUCAUUGCCUCUGGGGCUAGGGUAUCAGGCCCAACAGUGCAUUUUGUGGACGAGCGCUAUGACCACGGUCCCAUAGCAGCGCAGGCGGUAGUGCCCGUGCUGCCCUCCGACGACCCCCACUCCCUGCAGGCGCGCGUCCUCGCCCAGGAGCACCAACUGUACGCGCGCGUGGUGGCAGCGCUGUGUGACGGCCGGGUGGAGUGGCGGGAGGAUGGCGUGCCGCUCAUCCGCACCACCAGGGAUGGCAACGACUACGACUGGUUGGAUGGGAAGACAUGGGGAAGCACAGUGGAGAUGCAGUUGGUGUUGCAUACGAGGGGAGGCCGGCAGGUGCAGGAGAAGCUGCGGGAGGUGGGGCUGGAGUCCAGCAAUCUCAUCGUAGCCGUUGAUUUCACCAAAAGCAACGAAUGGACAGGCAAGCACACAUUCGGUGGGCGGUGUCUACACGCAAUAGGCCCGCACAUGAAUCCGUACGAGCAGGCCAUUCAGAUCAUCGGGGAGACGCUUGAGCCCUUCGACGAGGACAACCUCAUCCCCUGCUACGGUUUCGGUGACGCCACAACGCAUGACAAGGCAGUGUUUUCAUUCAACCCGGACAACCGCCCCUGCAACGGCAUUGCAGAGGCGCUCGCCCGCUACCGCGCCAUCGCUCCCCACGUCAAGCUCUCAGGCCCCACGUCCUUUGCCCCGGCAAUAGAGGCGGCAGUGCGCAUAGUGGAGGAGAGCGGAGGCAACUACCACGUGCUGCUCAUCAUUGCUGACGGCCAGGUGACGCGCAGUGCAGACGUGCCGCCCGGGCAGCUGAGCAAGCAGGAGCGCGCCACUGUGGACGCCAUCGUUGCCGCCAGCAACUACGCGCUCUCCAUUAUACUCGUGGGGGUGGGCGACGGCCCAUGGGACGUGAUGCACAGCUUUGACGACGGGCUGCCUCAGCGCAACUUUGACAAUUUCCAGUUUGUGGACUGCUCGCAGAUCCUGGCAGCGCCGGGCCCGCACGAGCACAAGGCGGUGCGCUUUGCGCUGAGUGCGCUGAUGGAGGUGCCGCUGCAGUUCAAAGCAUGCAGCGAGAUGGGCACUUUGGGCAAGCGCAUAGGCCGCAUGCCACCCACCCCACCGCUGCCUCCCCCACCAAAAGUGCUCGAGAUGGACGCUGCUGCGGCUGCGGGCAUGGGCAUGGGGUACCAGCAACAGCAACAGCAACAGCCACCGCCGUACGGCCAGCAGCAACCGCCCCCCUACUACCACCAGCAGCAGCACCAGCAGCAGCAGCAGCAGCAGCAGCAGCAGCAGCAGCACCAGCAGCAGCAGCAGCAGCAGCAGCAGCAGCAGCAGCAGCAGCAGCAGCCGUAUCCUGGUGCCCCCCCUUCCAGCUAUUCCACCGCGCCCUCCGCCCCCCCUGCACCUGACCAGUUCCCUUCCCAAGAGGGUGGGUAUCCGCGGCCGCCUCAAGGGGGUAUGGGCAGCAGAGUGGUUACCCUCCUCAGCAGGGUGGUUACCCCCCUCAACAGGGUGGUUAUCCCCCACAGCCGAAUCAACAGGGUGGUUACCCUCCACAACAGGGCAGUUAUUCUUCUCAACCCGGAGGUUACCCGCCACAGCAGGGUGGUUAUUCCUCCCAACCUGCCGGCUACCCGCCACAGCACGCCGGUUAUCCCACACAGCAGGGUGGCUACUCGUCCCAGCCAAGCGGGUAUCCCCCUCCCCCACAGCAAGGCUACAAGCCGCCCUACUGACUGCCACUCAAUGGCCGCACGUGUGACACUUGUCCCAUCGCUCUCUCCCGUUCCUCCCUCCCGUGCCUUGCAUUUAUAG